GUAUAACUGAUUUCGACUCUAUCGCUUGCCUCACAAAGUUAAUUUUAAUUAUGGUUAAAAAGGCAGGCCGUGUAUGGCCUUCGAAUUUAUAAAAUAUGUUAGAGCAGUGAUGCAGAUAUAUGCACGUGAAAGGUUAUUUUUAUGUUGUUGUUAUUACUUCACAGCGUCUGACGGGACAUUUCCCUUUUAAGUUAAAAUUGGAAUAAGAUAUAUACCUGUAGAUGCAGUAGCUGAAAAUGUCCGAUAGUGGUAAAAAGCGUAUUACAAGUUUUCGUAAGAUAUUUCCUAGCUUAUUUUUUUCCAAUAAGUCUAAAGAAAAGCCAAAAAAGGUAACCCAUAUGGGUUGUAAAAAGUCUAGUCUUGAUAAUUCUUCUAACAGUAACCAAUAUGAGAAUCCUAGAAUAGUAAAAGAUAACGUUCUGAAUGCAAAUAACGAUAUUGGGCGAAUUUACGAGAAUCUAGCCAUUGAAAAAUACCAUAAGGAUAUGGAUUCUUCAUGUAACAUUGCCUCAAGCGACCAUUCAUCCAGCAGCACCUUGGUAUCAGAAAGUGUGAAAACCCACUUGUACCAUAAUGAAGACAAAUCUGAUUUGUCCAAAGAAUACUAUAAAGCUAGACCUCAAGUCCCACCGAAACCCUAUAACGAAUUAAAUAAUGUUUUAAUUACAUCUGCUCAUGAAGAUAAAGUCCAAUUCCCAGAUGUAUAUUAUCAUUCAGUGGAAAAAUUGACAGAAACUAUAACACCAUUACACGAAAUUGAAGUUUUCCAGGGCCAAUCGUUUGCUAAACCGGCCUCAGUGGGCGCAGAAAUUAAAAGAGUUAGCACAAAAUUUUUAAUAUCUCCGAAAAAAGAAGCUGAAGUUCGAACGAUACAGCCAAAGAGAGCUAGAAGUUUUUCUUUUGAUAAUAAUAAUAAAGAUGCGUCUACACUGGACCAAAAUAUUCAUAAUAAUUCAAAAAAGUGCGAAGAAUGUAUCACAAAAUCUUAUAAUUACUCUGCUCCAACUUCACCUGUACCCACAAGUCACAAAAUUCCUAAUAUGCCAAAAACUGUUUCGCCAUAUGGACACGUGAAAAAAUCUAUGAAUGAAGCAGAAGAAAGACGAAACUCUCUUAAUCGUUCUAGUUUACGAAACCCAUUGUAUCCAGUUUACAAGCUGCCAGUGGAUAAUAAAUUUGAAAAUUUAGAGCAGAAAGCAAAAGCACAGCAAAAACUUGAAGCUUUUUACUGGCAGAAGUUGAAGGAAUUAAAGCAAAAGGAAGAUGAGUUUUUACUCGAACAGUCUUUGAACACUACGUUAAAGAGGGCAUCCCUCAAAUACGCACCAAAUUCAAGUGGUAAUGGCAGUUUACCGCGGUCCUACAAAACUAACAGCUUACCACGUGACAGUGAACUUAGAGUCGACACUACGGGCAAAACCUAUAUAUGUAACCCAUUCACAAGGGGAGUUCCGGAAAGGCGGACCGAUACAUUUUUACGCUAUCAGUCCACUCCCAAAAACGUCGAUAUUGUGUACAGGUACCCCGAAAAAAUGCAAUGUACUCAAAAUAGGAAUUUUUUAUUCUCACAAGACACGGUUGAUGAACGAGGAUAUCCACGAAAGUCUUUAAACAAUGACUUUCGUUCCUUCAGUUUGCAACCAAAGCAAGUAAGCUUUGAAGAAAAGAUUUACGACACUUAUCCAAAAUAUAUUUGCUCCCAAAAUGAGCCUCCAGGCAUCGAAGCCAGAUCGAAAGAAAUGUUGACCAGACCGCCUCGCCCUCCCAUUCGGACGACGAGUGUUGGCACUAACAAGAUUGUGAAUAAUCACAGAAUAAAUCAUCCAGCCAGUGCACAUUAUUCAUUGCACUCCGAAUCUGAAAGCGGGUCAGAAGCUAGUGAAAUACAGAGGAUUUUACAAAGCGACACCCAAAAAGAAGAUGAUUGGCGCGGAGACGGAUCACGGUUGGAUGGCGGUCUGUCGGACGGCGAAGCGAGCCGCGGGCCGGCGCGCGGGCGCUCCUCGCGCCGCGACGACCCGCGCCGUCACACGCUCGCCGGGAACCAUCUCUAUGUGCAUCCGCACCACCCUUCGCAGCUCAACUCUCACGAAAUGGAUCCACCGCUGCCUAGGGGUUACCCGCCGCCAAACAGCGCUAUGCUGUUCGACGACGACCCAGGCAUCAUGUCGGAAGUGGAGACGGCCUCCACCGGGUUUCGGCGCGGCGGCAAGCAGCGCUCUUCGCUACCUGUUGUGCGAACACCUAGCAAAACAUUGGAGCGUCCGCUGGGGUUGGUGUUUCUGCAAUAUCGAAGUGAGACUAAGCGGGCGCUGCUUCCUAACGAAAUUACUUCUAUCGACACCGUAAAAGCGCUGUUCGUGAGGAGCUUCCCCAAACAGCUCACCAUGCAGUACAUGGACAGUCCCAUGGUGAAGAUCUACAUUCAUGACUCUUCGAAGGACAUGUUUUACGAACUAGAAGAUGUGAGAGCUCACCUACGCGACAUCCGUGAUCGCUCGGUGCUGCGGCUGUUCGAGGCGACCGACAUGGGCGGCGGCGUGUUCCCGGGCGCCGUCGGCGUCGGCUCGCUAGCCAUGCCGCCGGGCGCCGCCACCUGCUCCGGCCCUCCUAGUUGGGAGCAGGACCAAAGCUACUUCAGCGAGCCUGAGAUAGACUCGGAGUACCACCACCAACAUGUGCAUAAGACUAAGGUGAAGGCUCCAGCCUACUACAUGGGGACGGCGGCGCCGAGUACGCUGCCUCGUGGAGGCUCGCUGCUACGCGCCUUUUCGCCCGCCGCGCCGCCCGUACCCGCCGACCGUGCCAAUACACUUCCAGUCACCGGACACGGCAGCGAGGGGUACAUGUCGUCGCCAGAACGGGGCUCGGCGCGGGCGCCCUAUGAGGACCCCUACUACACGCAGUUUCUGGGCCCGGCGGCCGGCCGCCCCAACAUUACCCCGGUCAUCGAUGAAGAAACCAGCGAGGGCGUGGUGAUCGAUGACGCGUACCAGAUAUAUGGCAUGAACGCCGUCGGCGGCGCGCCGCGGCCCAUGCCGCGUCCGCCUUACGACGCCAGGCUUAAUCCCCAAGGGGAAGAUAUACAACGCCUUCGAGUUGAGAAAAUGGAGAGGCAGCUAGCUAAUUUGACUGGCCUCGUUCAGAAAGCGCUCCAGGUGCCAGGCGCCGCGCCCGCGCCGGUCGCGCCCGCCGCGCCCGCCGCCGCGCCGCGCCAGCAGUUCCAGUCUUACCAGCCCCGGUCCAACGCUCAAGAUGCCGCACGAUUUCCCGGCAACGACCGACCUCCAAAAUUAGGGAGGGACAAAUUUCAAAAAUCAGUGUCAUUUGAGAAAUCGGUAUCCUUUAGCGAUGACCCGCCAGAUAUGAACUCACCCAUUCAACAUUCGCCCCAACAUUCAGCUGAUACAAAGCCAACAAAACCGGCAAUCAAGUCGUCGACAUUGCCAAGGACCUCGUCACAAGAGCGCGACCGUCUCAAGCCGGCGCCGCCGCCCAAGCCCGCCGGCCUGGUCGGCCAGCAGCUGGCGCUGGUGUCGCACAAGAUAUACACCAUCAACGUCACGCCAGACUUUUUCAAUGACAUGCGCGUCUUGCAGAAGCAGAGCCGUGAUUUGCGGAUUGAGACUCGAAACUUACGACGUUCGACACUGUCGCAUGCCAUACAAAUGAGGCAGCUGAUGGCCGACACCAUCGUGAAAAUAGGCGCCCUCGCCGCGAGCUUCUAUGAACGUGACACGGAAUCGCAACUCACGCGUGAAGAGGAAAUCUACCGUCAAGAUAUGCUACUAUUGGAAAACGACUUGUAUGAACUGGAGGCUACUGUUGAACGUCUUCGCGGUCAAGCUGCUAACAGGGAGACCCGUGUCAACAUGGCAGACAUCGAACGCAUUGCCAUGGUACUAUCCAAGAGCAGCAAAACUGUCGCCGACUGGAAACUCAAGUUUCCGAUUCUACAAGAUACGAUGAAAGUUAAAUUGGCUUCGGAGAUGGAAAAGGUGGUGCGCAAAGAAAAAAUGCUAGAAGAGGAACCGGAACGUCUUGAACUAGCUUUACGUCGAUGUAAAAAACUUACGGGGACAUUAGUGACUCUAAAGAGGCUGGCGUGUGUGCAAGAACAGCGGCUGCCUGCGGCGGACGGCCGCGUGUCUCCGGGCUCCUCGCAGGGCUCCAGCUUCACAGCCGGGCCCUCCUCCGAGGAGUUCGCCUCCGACACCACCACACACAUUAUACAGCCCACCAAUAAGGGCACCGGCAGCGGGCGAGGUAAUGCGUCCCGGGGAGCAGCGGAGCUGCGGCCAGAGAACGCCCUCGACGCGCUACUAGAUGAGCUGCAGACGUUCGCCAUGCCCGCGGAGCGCAGCAGCAGGGGCGCUGCACCCGGCAGCGAGGGCACCUUGCGUCGGCUGCACUCAUACCCCAGCGGCAGCGACACAGACGCAUCGCCGCCGGUGCGCGCACGAGGCCAGCACCCGCCCAAGCCGCCCGUGCCCGAGCGCCACCCCGAGCUGCUCGCGCUUGCCGCGCGCCGGGCGCCACCUCCUCCUCCACCGCGCACCACUUCUCGCUCGCCUUUAGCUUCGCCUACCUCUCCUUCGUCACCACCGAAUGCAGAUUCCUCACCUCCCGAUUCCAACCUUAGCGAGGAGAAGACAGCUUUACGGCAGUCUCUCCUCGAACAACGGCACCAGGAGCUACUAAAGAAACAAAAAGCGCUCCAAGAACAGUAUGCGCGACUACAGAUGAUUCAACGUAGCGGACCGUCGCUUCCACCAACAGCGCAGCCUGACUUGAAGAAAACCGGCAGUGAAUCGAACCUACUUACUAAAAUGAAUCUGAAUCUAACUGCAACAAACAUUUCCGGUAGCAUGACACACUUGGCGUGUGAUGCUGAGCAUCAAAAGCCGACGCAGAACACGCCUGCGCCAUCGGACUUGGAGAAACCACCUGCGUCUGACACUGUAGCUACAACCAAUAAAGUUUAUGAGACUGACAUUCUGUGACCUUGCAGCAGUUGUUUUAUAUCUGUAUAGUUUAUCUACUUCAGGAUAGUACUUCAGGAAUAUACGAACAAGAUACCCACGUUCAUUUAGUGUGACCUCACACUCACAGUCACGCUUACCGCCAGCGUGAACUGCGAGCUUGCGUUCCCACAUGCAUUUACACAACCAGGGGCCUUUUGCAU